GAAGUUGAUAAAUUUCGUCAUAGUUUACAACUUUUAUGCAAUUAUGAUUGGGUACCUAUACCAUUAGUUUAUUCACAAGUUGUAUUUUUGGCAGUUUACGUUCAUUUCCUUAUCUGCCUUAUCAGUCAGCAGUUUAUCAUUACUGAUAAUAGUCAUACAACUUAUCUUGAUUUGAUAGUACCAAUGAUGACAGUGAUACAAUUUGUAUUUUUUAUUGGUUGGUUAAAAGUUGCACAAGCAUUGCUCAAUCCAUUUGGUGAUGAUGAUGAUGAUUUCGAAUGCAAUUAUCUUAUUGAUAAAAAUCUUACUCAAAGUUUUUGCAUUGCUGAUAAUUAUGAUCGUGUACCGGAUAUAAGGCCUGAUCUUUUUUGGCGAAGCCAGAAAGUACUUCCAACUUCUGGCAAUACUCUUUUAAAUGGAUCAACCGUCGAUUUUAAAACAACAAAACACAAUCGUCCAACACAAACUGCUAAUCCGGAAAAAACUAUGCAAAAGAUAACAUGGAACCACUACGAUCAUUUUGAAGAACAAAUCAAUCGAUCAUCGAUACAACUGAAACAAUAUAGUAAAUCAAACACUGACUACUAUGUAUUACCAAAUCCGAACAAGAACAAUAAGAUGAAAAUUACUCGAUUAUAA